CUCCAGUGUGGACCAGGAGGACCCAGCGCCUCCACACAUUAAAUGGGAACAGGAGGAACUCUGGAUCAGUCAGGAGGGAGAGCAGCUUCAAGGGCUGGAGGAUGAUGAUAUCACCAAGUUCACAUCCACUCUUGUUUCUGUGAAGAGUGAAGAUGAUGAAGAGAAACCUCAGUCCUCACAGCUUCAUCAAAGACACACUGAACAGAUGGAAACAGAAGCAGAGGGAGAGGACUGUGGAGGAGCAGAACCAGCCAGGAACUCAGAUCCAGAUACACAUUUACAACCUGAGGCUGAUGUCAGUGAUGAUUGGAAGGAGAGCAGAGAACCUCAGUCAGGUGUUGCUGGACCGCAGAUGCCUGCACUUGCACCCACUUUUGUGGAAGCGAUUACAAAGCUGGAGCAAACAAUUGAGCAGCUCAAGACGAAAAGAGACAAGCUCCGUAGUGCAGCAGUAAAUGCACUCAAGACACCAGGCACAAGCAUGCCACCAGCAGCUACAAACUUAGCAGCUCACAAGCGCAAAAGGGAGUCCUCCUGCUCCUCGUCCUCGUCCGCCUCCUCCUCCUCCUCAACCUCAAGGGAAUCAUCUCCGGAGAAAAAGAACGGGAAGCAUAAGAAAAGACACCACAAGAAAGGGAAGGACAAGAAAGUGAAAAAGAGGAAGGAGAAGUUUCCCAAAAGAGACGUCCAGCAGCUGUCGGUGGUUAAAGAAGAGGUUCCCCCUGAGCAGCAGGAGCGGAGCUCCAGUGUGGACCAGAAGGACCCAGAGCCUCCACACAUUAAAGAGGAACAGGAGGAACUCUGGAUCAGUCAGGAGGGAGAGCAGCUUCAAGGGCUGGAGGAGGAUGAUAUCACCAAGUUCACAUUCACUCCUGUCCCUGUGAAGAGUGAAGAUGAUGAAGAGAAACCUCAGUCCUCACAGCUUCAUCAAAGACACACUGAACAGAUGGAAACAGAAGCAGAGGGAGAGGACUGUGGAGGAGCAGAACCAGCCAGGAACUCAGAUCCAGAUACACAUUUACAACCUGAGACUGAUGACAGUGAUGAUUGGACGGAGACCAGAGAACCUCAGUCAGGUUUAAACUCUCUGGAAAAUGAUGAAGUCCCUGUCAGUGAUUUGAUUGUUGAUGAGAAACGAUUUAGCUGCUCUGAGUGUGGGGAAGUAUUUGGUCAAAGUGGAGAUCUGAAGAGACACAGGAAAUCUCAUACAGGAGAAAAACCAUACAGCUGCUCUGAGUGUGGGAAAAGAUUUGGCCAUAGUGGAGAUCUUCGAAAACACAUGAGAUCUCAUACAGGGGAGAAACCAUUUAGCUGCUCUGAGUGUGGGAAAGUAUUUGGUCAAAGUGGACAUCUAAAGAGACACAGGAAAUCCCAUACAGGAGAAAAACCAUACAGCUGCUCCGAGUGUGGGAAAAGAUUUUUCCACAGUGAUGAUUGUAGAAAACACAUGAGAUCUCAUACAGGGGAGAAACCAUUUAGCUGCUCUGAAUGUGGGAAACGAUUUGCUCAAAAUGGAAAUCUGAAAAGACAUAUUAGAUCUCAUACAGGAGAGAAACCAUUUAGCUGCCCUGAGUGUGGGAAACGAUUUGGUCAUAGUGAAAAUCUGAAGGUCCACAUGAGAUCUCAUACAGGAGAGAAACCAUUUAGCUGUUCCAUGUGUAGUAAAACAUUUGGUCAAGGUGGAGAUCUGAAGAAACACAUGAAAGUUCAUACAGGAGAAAAACCAUUUCGCUGCUCUGAAUGUGGGAAAAGUUUCAGUCAAAGUGCACAUCUGAAGAAGCACGUGAAAUCGCACACAGGAGAGAAACUAUUUAGCUGCUCUGAGUGUGGGAAAAGAUUUCGUCGAAGUGAACAUCUGAAGGACCACAUGAGAUAUCACACAGGGGAGAAACCAUUCAGCUGCUCUGAGUGUGGGAGAGGAUUUGGUCAAAGUGGAAAUCUGAAAAAACACAUGAGAUCUCAUACAGGAGAGAAGCCAUUUGGCUGCUCUGAGUGUGGGAAAAGAUUUGCUCACAGUGGAAGUCUAAAGAUACACAUGAGAUCUCAUUCAGGAGAAAAACCAUUUAGCUGCUCUGAGUGUGGGAAAAGAUUUGGUAAUAGUGGAGUCCUUAAGGCACACAUGACCUGCCAUACAGGAGAGAAACCAUUUAGCUGUGCAGUUUGUGGGAAAUCAUUUAGACAGAGUGGAAAUUUAUAUACACACAUGAGAACUCAUGAUACAGGAAAGUGAUUCAGCUGCUCAGUUUGUACAUUUUUUUAAUAUGGAAUAAGACUUAAACACAUGAGAACUCAAAUAAGAGAUUGACCUUUCAGCUUCCGUGUAUGUAUGAAAUCUUUUACACACACUGGACAGUUGCACCAACACAUGAAAACCCACACAGGAGAAAAACCAUAUUGGUCAGUCCUGUAACAGCCUCAUCAAACUCAAACUCAUAUCUAAAUAUCAAUUAUCCAUUUCAACAGCAGAAGCGUCUAUGCUAACUUCAAUAAUAUUAAGGAAUAUUUACAGACAUUUCAUAUCCAUUUAGCAUAAUUGCAAUAUCGGAAACUUGGAUCAAUACUGAAAAAAGGAUGGACUUUGAACUGGAAGGUUGUGAAUUAAGGAAUAUAAACAGGAAAAACAAAGGUGGGGGAGGAGUUGCCAUAUAUGUGGAUAAAAACCUGAACUACAAAGUAAUUGAAAGUAUGACAACUGUGGUUGACAACCUACUAGAAUGUAUAACCAUUGAAAUAUGUGAAGAAAAGAAUAAGAAUAUUGUAGUUAGCUGCAUAUACAGGACACCAGGUACAAAUAUUGACAUUUUCAGAGAAUGGAUAGAGGGUAUGUUUUCAAAACAAAGCAAAAAAGUUGUUUUCAUAUGUGGUGUUUUCAACAUUGAUAUAUUAAAUCCACAUAUGCAUAAAACAACAGAUUCAUUUAUUAAUACAAUGUACAGUUUGAGUCUAUUUCCAAAAAUCACCAGACCCACCAGAAUUACAUUCAGUUGUGCUACUUUGAUAGACAACAUAUACAUUAAUGACAUUAAAGACAAAACAAUAAGUGGUAUUCUAAUUAAUGACAUCAGUGAUCAUCUACCUGUUUUUUAUUAUUAUCUAUGAUUACAAUCACAGGAACAAAAAAGACAGUCAAGCAAAUAGAGUACAGGAGAAUGAGGUCAGGGGAAUCAAUAAACACAUUCAGGAAUGAAUUACUGGCACAACACUGGGAGGCAGUAUACCAAGAAAACAAUGUGGACAAUGCAUAUGAAGUAUUUUUGAGGGUUUUUAAGCAAUUAUAUGGCAAAAGCUGUCCAAUUAAAGAAUAUACAAGAAAACUGAAAUAUAGCAACUGUCCGUGGAUCACAAAGGGAUUGCAAAACGCCUGCAAAAAGAAAAAAACACUACACAGAGAAUUCAUAAGACUGAGAACUAAAGAGGCAGAAAAUAGAUAUAAAAGAAAAAAAAAGUUAACUCAUAUUAUAAGGACAAGCAAGAAAGAUUAUUAUAGGAAAAUAUUAGACGAUGAUAAAAACAAUAUUAAAGGAAUGUGGGGUAUAUUAAACAGUAUUAUAAGAAGUAGUUCUAAACAAAUAGACCAUCCAGAGUACUUUAUGGAUAAGGAUAAUGUAAUUUGUAAUAGAAGUGAUGUGGUUGGCAAUCUAAAUAAAUUUUUUGUAAAUGUGGGACCCGACCUUGCAGAAAAAAUCUCUGAUCCAGGGACAGUUGGAAACAAUAUGGAUAUAUUGAUAGAACGAAAUCCCAACUCAAUGUUUCUCAAAGCGGUGGAAGAGAAAGAAAUAUUGGACAUUGUUGAAAAAUGUAAAAACAAAAAGUCAACUGAUUAUAAUGACAUUGAUAUGACAAUAGUGAAAGAGGUCGUUGAAGGGAUUUCAAAACCAUUAACAUACAUCUGUAAUUUAUCAUUUCAAACUGGUUCAUUUCCAAACAAAAUGAAAAUAGCCAAAGUCAUUCCGCUGUACAAAACUGGGAACAAACAUCAUUUCACCAACUACAGACCUAUCUCCUUACUUCCACAAUUUUCCAAAAUACCAGAAAAACUCUUCAAUAAUAGACUGGAUACAUUCGUAGUAAAACACAAAUUUCUCUCUACUAGCAAUAAUAGAAGCAAUUGAAGAAAUCACA